AUGGUCGAUAGAGAUAGAGAUUAUUUAAAUCCCAAUUCCCCGACACGAAACCCAAAUGUUCAAAGAACCACGUCAUUUGUUGGUGCAAGACUACACUUCAGCUACAGUGGAAAUGAAACAAAAACUAGUAGUAGCUCUCGUCAAGAUCCGUCCAAUCCGAAAGUUUCUGAUUCAUCAGCAACACGUUCUUCCCGUUUACCGAGACAAUCAACUUUCGAUUACUCUCAUCUAACAAACGUCACUCCUUCUUCAACUUUUCUUUCUCCAGAGACUUCCAGAAGGUCCACGUAUGUUUAUGGCGACUCUGCGCCUCGAGAGAACACUGAGAGCCCGGCAGUCUAUGAGCCGCGCACUAACACCUCACACAUCACUCGUGAAGUGCCAUAUUUAUACGGAGAAGCGUCCUCUGCUCCAAAGUCGCAUCUCUCAGAAGAUAUCACCUUGACAACUUCAUCCACUCUACUUCCCUCCUCUUCUUCUCUGCACUCCCCAACACGAAAUCUCAUUGAAACUCCACCUCUCUCGGCUCCAACAAGUCAAUAUACGAGGAACUAUGGGAACUCUUCAUACACUGCAUACUCCGCCUACGACCCUACAAAAAGAGUAAUUCCAGCGGAUACUUCACCUCGAAUACCAGCUCCGCCUCCACCUUCGAUCCCUCAACGUUCUACAGCUCUUGAGCCAGUUCCUAUCAGAAGAUCUCCAUCACCUGCGAGAAGAACUCAGCCGGUUAUUGAUCGUACUCGUCGUCAAACCACGGCCGUUUUUCCUUCUCAAGCCACAUUUCUGUCAGCUCAAGAAUACAAUCCGACAAGCAGCUCUACAAGAUUGCCUGUUCAAACUACGGCACGAACGUACUAUUCAGCUCCGAAACCCCAGUCGUUGAAUACUCAGAUGCAGAAUACUCGCUUGCCAUCGCCACAGAGUAGAAACUUGACAAUAGGAUACUCUGAAAGUCAACGUCAAGACAUUGAGAGGGCUCAAGAACAAUUUCGAUCUCAAAUAAGGGAAAAAGAAAUCAAAGCAAAGCUGGAAGCCAAAAGAGCUGAAGAGCAAGCAAGAUUUGAAGAGAGAAAACGGAUUGAAGAAGCUGCAAAACUGGAGGCUCGAAAAAGAGUCGAAGAAUCCGCAAGGCUGGAUGCUGAAAGGCUUGCAUUGGAAGCCGUGAUGAGGGCUGCACAUCCCGAUGAAGACGAAGACGUAGAGAAGUUUAUCCGCAAUCUCGAGCAAAGAAUCCAAGACUCACGCGAUUCAAAAAACUUGAAGGGCGCUCUCGUAGGGCGCCAAUCGAGUCAAAACCUUGCAAAAAGUGCGGAAAAUCUCACAAAUGCGCCGAAUGAGAUUGACGAAACAGUUGAAGGACGCGACGCUGACGACCAGACGUCUACACAAAGCGCCGCCGACAGCUCAGAGGUGCGUACAUUUCUCGACCGUUUGAGAAAUAUGAAAAUUGAUGAAAAUCAGAAUCGGCGAAAGUAUGCCGAAACUAUGUAUGAUCCCGAAGACGACGACUCCGAACUUAAUUCAUUGAACAGUUCAGAUUCGUUCCUCUCGACUGUUCCUGAAGAAGACCCUGAUGUGACCUCCCUUGAUAACCAAUCCUUUAUUUGUGAUCCUCAGCCCACUACCCUACAGCCACGUGUCAUUUCCUAUAUCCACAAUAUGGUGGACGGUAUCUUAUCAUCAUUGGAUAAGACUGACUUUGCAAACAUUAUCGAUACUCACCAAAUGCCACAGCUGUACGAUCAAGACCUCUACUCCAAUGAUGCAAGCUACAAUUACAACUACCGUGCCAUUUCUGAAACUGCUCGCCAGUUCUUCACCCCAAAAUCAUCUCCAGUCGAGGAAACGAGAAACGAUUUCUAUAAUGACUCUUUAUAA